AUGUAUAUUAAAGAGAUAAACAUUACCGGAUUUAAAAGCUACAAGGACAUUACAACAAUUCGCGAUUUAUCGCCCAAACACAAUGUGGUUAUUGGACGAAAUGGGAGUGGGAAAAGCAACUUUUUUGCGGCAAUUCAAUUUGUUUUGAGUAGUGAAUUUACGUCAAUUACACAACAUAAUAGACAUGCAUUUUUACAUGAAAGUGUUGGGGCAAAGUCUGCUACUGCAAAGGUAGAAAUAGUUUUUGACAAUAUGGACCAUCGUAUUCCAACAGAAAAUGAGGAAGUUCGAAUUGUACGUGCACUUACAAUGAAAAAUGACACAUAUUAUAUUGAUGGGAAAAGUGUAACGAAAACUGAGAUUGUUAAUAUGAUGGAAUCUGCUGGUUUUUCACGUUCAAAUCCUUAUUAUAUUGUUAAACAGGGAAAGAUAACAGAAUUGGCAACAGCUUCGGAUGCUUAUCGUCUUAAAUUAAUCAAAGAGGUUGCUGGAACUCGUGUCUUUGAUGAGAAAAAAGAAGAAAGUACAAAAAUAUUGACCGAAACACAAGGAAAGAUUGAAAAAAGCGUUACUUUAUUGGGCUAUAUAAACGAACGUCUUAAAAAAUUGGAAGAAGAAAAAGAAGAUUUGAAGGAAUAUCAAAAAUGGGAUAAAAUGAAGAGGUCUAUCGAAUAUACAAUUUUUGAUAAAGAAAUAACUGAAGCUAAAACAAAAUUGGAAAAAUUAACUGAUCAGCGAACAAAAAUAAAUACGGAACAAAAUAAGGUUUUUAAUUUUUGA